AGGCCAACACCGGCACCCAUCAUGGCACCCAUUCUACAAUCAUAGCCACGUUAGAAUCAUUUGGCGAAGGUUGUUCCAAGAUGUACUAACUUGACUGGAUGGAACAACCGUUAUCGACGUGAAACCAAUCGUCAAAUUUAAGCCACUGGUAAGAAUCACAAGUCAAGAAACAAUAAUUCCCAGCAACUUUCCCAAAGCACACGCGCUUGCUUGAAUCUCAUUGCCGACCCUUUGUUGGUGAAGUCGAUCAUCUCGACCAUUGUGUAUACGAUGUCCACGACUCUUCCUUCAUUUCCGUACGCCCAGCAAGCGCAAAUCAUACGUUCGAACCAAAGGGACUUGUUCCAUGUCUCAUCCCUUCGUGAGCAGACGGAAAACGUCGUAAGAGCAUGGCUCGGGUCCCGAUGGCUGUCUCGGUGGGACAAGGAGAUCGACCUACUGGUGAAGGUAGCAUAUUAUGGGCUGACCGUCGGACGAGCUACUCAGACACUCGGAGAAGAGUACACUGCCAUCUGGCAGCAGUCCUCACGCACCGAACUAUGGCCAUCGGGACGAAUACGCGCAGCUCUUAUUUUAUUGCCAACCGUACCCGGAUACCUUGCUGAAAAGUUCGCUCCGUCAUUGUCUCAGGGCUCUGUAUCGCAUAGGGUACUGCGUACUUUACCUACCGUGCUCGAAGUGCUGGCCGAGCUCAACUUGGCCAUCUUCUACUUGCGUGGAACGUACUAUACCCUUGUCAAAAGAUUACUGGGAAUCCGAUAUAUAUCUUCCAUGCCGGAUAACCCUAAUUCACGACCACCUUCCUAUUCGUUGCUCGGCGUCCUUCUACUCUUUAGGCUCACCUACCGCUUCAUCUCAUACGUUCGGAUGCUGCGAACCUCCGAUAGAACGAAUGCCGCACGGAAAGAAGUGACAGACGAUACCCAAGAGACUUUCGUGGAUGAUCGACCAAUUUCAAUAAUGCUCAGUCAGACCCACCCAGAAGAGAAGCCAGCAAUACCAGCUGAGGAGGAUGAACUUACAAUAUUGGACGUGGCACAAAUACCUGAAGAACUUAGAGCUAGUCGAAGUUGUACGCUGUGCCUCGAAGAGCGAACCGCAAGCUGCGCCACCGAGUGUGGUCAUAUGUUUUGUUGGGAUUGUAUAUAUGGUUGGGGUCGAGAAAAGGCUGAAUGUCCGCUCUGUCGUCAAUCCCUUAGUUUAGCUAAGCUCUUGCCGGUGUACAACCUCUGAAUUUGAUUUAAUGUUGAGGCGAGCGACACGACAUCCGGGGUCUAUAUAGUAUCAUUAUACAUCACGAGCACACGCAAUCCGCGCCUUUUUGUACAACAGUAGGACUAGAAAAAGAAUAAGACCUAUACCACUU